UACUCGUGUGAGAAUCUUGAACGAUAUUAAUAGAAUUUAAGUCUCGAAUAUCCUCGAUCCCUCUUUCCUAUUUCUAUACGUUAUUAUAUUAUUAAAAAAUAUAAUUAAGUUAUCCGUUGAGAUAGCUGUUUUUUUUGUCUUAAUAAUAAUCAACCGAACUCCAUUUUAAAUUGCACUCUAUCUUAUUUACCUGAAAUAAUAAUUUAAACGGCGCAUUUAUAAACAAAUAAUUUCGACGUCGCUUGUUUAACCUCGCUCGAAUAUACAGCCACGUGACAAAAUAUUAAACUGAAAUUAAAGUCGUCGAUAUAUAAAUUAUUGAUAAUUACGAACCGAAAAUGUGCGACAAACUCUUGGAAAAACGGGAGCGGAGUCAUGCCGAGAACGUUUUCGUCGACGAAUCGUUUAUCACGAAAAGAAGCUUUCUAGAAUUAAUCGGAGAUUCUCGUUUUGUGCAAAAAAUUGUUGCACCCUCCUCAAUUGUACAUCCAAAGGCUAAUUUAUAUUACGCUUUCGCCGAAGAUAUACAUCCGAUGGAAAGGAUCGUCACCGCUUCUAAGUUUUUUGAAAAAGAAAAGCUUUCGCCGCAAGCUGUGUCUCGCGAGAAACUCUUUGCGAAUCGAGAUCCUUAUUCGAAAGACGAGGCUGUAAAUCAUUAUCUUAGAACCGAUCCACCGAGUUUCGUUAUUUUUGGGAAACCUGGAUUAGAUCAUGCCAAUGUAGCGUCAGCGGUAGCCGACGCUUGGAACUGCGUUUUAAUUUCACCCACGUCGCUCAUUAAGCAAGAGAUCGAUGCUGGCACUGACAAGGGCCGUUACAUGGAAAAAAUCUUGCGGCUCGGUAGAUCUGUAGGACCGGAGAUUCUUGCGAAUUUGAUACGAAGCAGAGUCAGGAUGAGGGAUGUCAAACACAGAGGCUACGUCAUUGGAUGUUUACCGUUUAUUCCUAACAAUGUAAGCUUCGAUUAUUCAUAUUGUAGUUCCGUUUCGAAUGCAAAUGGUACUUGUCCAGAAUUUUGCGAAAACGCGACGAUUGAAUCCCACGAAGCGCACGAAGAUUCGAUUACGUUCGAUAAUUCGGGUUGUAAAACGCAAUUUGAUUACGUGCGAGAAAUCGCUCGACAGAUUGACGAAGUAUUUACCGUAUGGCCGAGAAAACCUCUAAUAAUUAUUUAUCUCGUGUGUUCGAAGCGAGAUGUAGCGAGCAGGUGUGCGCGCCGACGCGUAAAUUAUUCGACAGGCGAUAUUUUUUAUGAAAACGAAUUCACGGUGCUGUCUGAAUCUGAACGCGACGAAUCGGACACUUCGUACGACUUCUCCCAAGCUGCGAACGAACUGAUCGCGGAUGACGAUCGAAGAUCGGUGAGAUUAAUAUCCGACGUGACGAACGAUAUCGUGGCGAAAUGUGACCUUUACGAACGAUUGGCGUUGCCAGUAAUCGAUAAAUGGAUCCUCGCACAUGAUCCUCAGCAUGUAGUCCGCGUGGACGGCCGCAGUUCCGUGCGACGAAUACUUCAAAUCCUCGAAACGCGUUUGCGUACUUUGCCAUUACUACCGUCGAUCCUUCCGAAAGAGAUGAUCGAGCAGAAUGAUGCACGUUUUCCAGAAAUGUCUUCAGAGAUGACGUCGAGCGAUGAGUUCGCGGAGAAAUCUGCUGAAGAGACUUUCGAGAUGCUGAGACGGAGAGAAGUUGUGUCUAUCAAAUUUCCCUGGAGACUUUCCGCGUGGAACUUUUACUGCCCUGUCGAGCUCGCUCAAGGACGAACCGUUAAGGGACUCCCGAAGCACGCGGUGCGAUUCCUGGAUAACAUAUUUUUUCUUUCUUCUCGAGAAGCCAAAAACUUGUUCAUCGAAAAUCCGAGAACAUUCUUAUUGCCGCCGAAUCCGCGACCGGCCUGCAAGGUAGCGGUGUUCGGGCCAAAAUACGCUGGUAAAUCGGAACUUAGCACGAGGUUGGCGGAGAUUCUCGGCGGAACGGUGAUAAAUGUUGAUAAAAUUAUAAAAGAGUUAGUUAAACAACGUGAAAAGUAUCCGUUUCAAGAGUUCGAGAACGAUUCGAAUGCACGAGUUUCGCUGAAGCCUAUCGACAUAUCGGUUGAUGAAAAAGCUGAUAUUAUUAUACGGAACAUCAAGCGAAUACCUGACGAGAAGUUAGAAGAUGGGCUUCGUAGAGAUGGUGGAUACAUUGUCGACGGAAUGUGCGUGGACGUCGAAGUCUGGCGAAAAAUUGUUGAGGCUAACAUCGUUUUCGAAGAAGUUGUCGUUUUAUUCGAAGAAGAGCCGUACGCCUAUCUGCUGAAUAAGUUUCGCAUUUUCUCUUAUCUUGACGAUUCUAUAGACGAUACGAAGGCGGAUCGUGAAGAACGUAGAAUAUUGAAUGAGGAAGCGGAAUGGGAAUAUCUUGAGCAUUUAACGCAAUUCGAAUCGGAGUGGGCAAGAUUCGCGGGACAAAUUCCCGAAUUUAAAGGAAAUGUGAUAAAGUGCAAUCUCGCGAAUAUCGAAAAUGUAAUGGAAUAUGUAAUAAAUUAUAUUAGACAUCGUUUCGAUGUCGUCACUACCGCCGCGAACGUCGAAGAAAAAAAUAAAGAGGACAAAAUACUGGAAGAAACAACAGCCAUGGAAAACGAAGCAAAUUUGGCUGAUAAAGAUGUUGAAGAGAAGAAAGAAGACAAUCUCAUCGUCGAUCUCGCCACAGCCGAAAGGCUUCUCGACUGCGGCUACUAUUUUUUCAGUUCCUUCGGUCGAUGGUGUCCCGUGCAAAUAUACAAUGCGAUACCAAUUUCAAUGUUUCUACCGAUGAAAGCGCGCGGUCAGAUUUUUCCAGUCAUACGCCGUCCGCAUAUUUAUUUCCUUGCGGGCGAAGAAGCCCUCUCCGCGUUUCUGAAUGACCCCUCGAAGUAUCUCGCGCGGGACCUCCGUCCGCCACUUAUUCCGCUUCGAAUCUCUAUCAUCGGGCCGCCGAAAUGCGGAAAAACAACGUUAGCAAAUCGUUUCGCGAAAACGUAUGGCAUGAAGGUAAUUACUCGCGGCAAGGCGUUGCGCCACGUAUUGAGAUACUAUCCUUGGACCGAGUCGGCGCGAAUAAUCGAAGAUCAGCUUCGAGCCGGCCAGACUGCUUCGUGCGAAUCUGUAACGCGUGCCAUCGAAAUGUUCUGCAUAGGACCACGCGCGGCGACUCAGGGUUACAUUCUGGACGAUUGUCCUGCGAAUCGUGAGGAAGCCGAGCAGCUAGCUGUCUUAGGAAUACAGCCGAUGAUCGUGCUUGAUCUCAAGGCGGAUUUGGAGUUCUGUCUCGAAUGCCUCUCCUGGGAUAACGACGACACGAGAAGCCCAUUGAAUUUAUCCGCCGAUUUUCUGUCGCGACGUUACGAGGACUGGCAAACGAGCCAGGCGAGCUUUCGGGACUGGCUAAAAGGAUUCUCGCAGAACGUGGUUGAAUUAGAUGCAACGAAAAGUAAGUGGCACGUGUGGACUCGCGCGGAUCACGCGGUACGCUCGCGAUUUGCCGACAUCGUGCAUUAUUUUCGCGAGGCGAACUCGGACAAGGUUCACAGUUUAAAGCACAUGUGCGUAUCACCCUACGAGUUUCGAUCACGGCAGAAUCGAUUCAAGUCGUACUGUCCGGUUUGUUUGUCCCGCGAAAACAUCUUGAAGACUUCCGGCCAGUCGGUGACCAGUCAGGGAAUGGUCCAGUUCAGGGAAUAUUUUUAUUGGAUCUGUCCGCGACAUAUGAACGCCUUCGUUAAGGAUCCGCUGCGUUACCUUUCACCCGUUACCGCGUCUCUUCUCGACGAGCUACCUCGGAUUUUGCGGGAGGUAGUUGACCCGGAGCACGCUUGUUGGGCGCGACGUCUCCAGGUCGGCGGGUUGUGUCUAGUGACUUACGUCGACGGCCUGCCGGAUCGCAGGCUGACGCCGGGCAGAGUCGAGCUGGGUGUUAUCCUCAAGGAUAAGGUAUAUCUCUUUUGCAGCGAGGAAUGUCGCGAGAAGUUUCUCGCGCAGCACGAUAAAUACUCCAAUACGGAUAUCGCGUUUCCUCGCGAGCUCCCGCCGAUCGAAGUGCGACGUCUGCCGGACCUGGGUUUUCUGGAGCAGACGGUGGCGAAAGCGCUGGUCGAAGCUGUGAAUCUAAUCGCCGCUCGUCGUCCGAAGAUAUUCGGCCUGUCGGCGGCCGUCAGCGCGGCGAUUUGCAUCGGCGUUCACUUGAAGACGCGCAACGUGACCGAAAACUUGAUCGAGAUGGACAUAUACGAGGCUGCGAGCAAACGAAUCGCGGGACGAGACAGAAUUAUAGAGAUCGUUACUGACACUAUGAAGAAGAAGUUCAAUCCCUGUGUAUCCGUGCCAAAAUAUUCCGAUUAAAUAUUAUGUUGUACGUAUGUACGUCAUCGCGUGGACAUGUUUAUCUAACAAAAAUAUCUGUGUGUUCUGCGAAACAUUAUUAAUCGCUUUUACGUUGUCGAGAAUUCAAGCUAUUCCCAUUUUUCUUUU